UUUUGUGCUAACUACUAGUCGAUCCGGUCACUUCUCCCGUGUUUGGUUAGCGUGUGUUCGACAUAAUCACGAAUCACGUGAUUUUGUUUUUUAUUAUACUUUCGACUUUUUGUUUGUUCAACGCAAUUAUAUUAUUGUUUUCGAUUAUGAAGUAAUUGAUAUCCUAUAGGUGUAUUACAACUUAUAAUAUAUAAUCUGCCGGGCGGUCCGGGCGGAUUAACGCGUUCAGUUUUGAGUGUAUAUAUAACAAAACUGAUCGACAAACAUCGGCGCAGUUCAAUGUGAUUGAUGGAAUCAUAAAAUAAUAAUUGUUUUAGGUGUUUUAAAUAUUAUCAUCAAAAUGGACAAUUGGAAGAAAAUAUCGUUUUUGGUCGGCGUGUUCGCAUUCGUUAGAGAAUUUCGACCCAUCGAACCAUUUUAUGCUGCGUAUAUGACUAGUCCUUACAUUAAUUGUACAGUCGAACAGGUCCCAACGGAGCUAUAUGCUGUUGGAUCAUAUUCUAUGUUUGUGUUGAUCAUAAUCAUAUUUUUGGUCACCGAUUAUGUCAGAUAUAAACCUGUACUAAUUGUUGACGGUAUUGGCGGAGUACUUCAUUAUGUGGCCAUAACAAAUCGUCCUUCAAAACUCAGAAUACAGUUUGGACAGGCGUUUUAUGGGUUCUUUUUUUCCGCUGAAGUGGCUUUAUUUGGAUACUUAUACGCGAUGGUAGAAGAAAAAGAAUUUUAUCAGAAAAUAACUGGUCACGCGAGAGCUGCAACAUUGACAGGAAAAUUCUUUUCAUCGUGUUUGUCCCAAAUUCUAGCCACUACAUAUGGAACUCCUCCAUACAACGCGCUCGUGUAUAUGUCUAUUUUCGGCAUGUCAUUUACGACUGUAUGGGCGAUUUUCUUGCCACCAGUUAAGCAUAGUCUUUACUUCCCCAAUAAGAAAAAAAUCGAAGAAACGUCGAUGGGACAAUCCACCGUCACUAUCUAUAACCCACAAAAACAUAAAAAUUCACAGCUGAGUAUUGAAGCAGCUCCCAGUGAGGAGAAAAUCGACAAACCCGAGAAUAACGACGUUGUGGAUCCAGAAUACAGCGUGAUCAAUGAGUUGUACAAAGAUUUCAAACAAUCGUAUUCCGACCCGUACGUCCGUAAGCUCUGUUUUUGGUGGGCUGUUGCGAUGGGUGGUUACUUACAAGUGUAUGCGUACAUAAAUGUGCUUUACACGUACGUGUUGGAAGAAAACGAAGACACGGAGUUUACGCUGUACAACGGCGCGGCAGAAUCGAUAAACACACUCACCGGUGCCCUUUCUGCGUUUGCUAUAAGCAAGGUAAAUUGGAAUUGGUAUUCCGUUGGUGACAUAUUCUUCGCCGUUGGAUCUAUUAUCGCCGCCGUUGUGUUGUUGUGUUGCGUUUACUGCCGAAACUUGUGGUACAUCUACGGUUUCUACAUAAUCUACGGAAUGAUGUAUCAGACUAUGUUGACCAUUGCCGAAUCCGAAGUCGCCAAACGAUUAAAUAAAAAAUGUUAUGGAUUGAUUUUUGGAUUUAAUACGUUUAUUGCUGUAUGCAUUAAUACUAUUAUUAUAUAUGGAGUGAUUCAAGGUCAUUUUAUUAAGAUCAAUAUAGCACAACAAUUUUUGAUAUAUACCGUGUUGUAUGUUGUACUUGCGUUAUUCUUUUUCGGCUCAUCCAUUUUGAAAAUGUUCAAAGACGAAGGAAUUGUAGAAUAUAACUGAAGCCUGAAGGUGUCCUAUUAAUGAACUAUAGAUAUUUUCCCUAGAACAAAAGUAAUUUUGUUAACAAAUAGACUUAAUAUGAAUUUAUAUACCAGUAUAGCUUAAGGCAUUGAAGGAAUCAUGUAUGUGUUCUUAAAUACACUAUUAUUUUUAAGUAAACUAGCUAUAAUUUUUAUAUUGUUAUUUAUGGACAAUUGUAAAUUAUUUAUUCAAAUUAUACAAAGCGAUUCGCUAAGUUUUCUUAGUGGUCAACCCCUAAUUUUUCUUUAAUAGGCAAUGAAUUUAUUCAAGUAUUAACUUUUUGGAAAUUGGAAUUUUAUAAAAAAAAAAGUCUAUUUUAAAAUACUUAGAUUAGAUUUUGUAUGUGAUUGAAGGAGUAUCUUGUUUAUUUACAUUUUUAUGUAAAUAAAUUAAAAUUUGACCGAGAGUUUCUGAGUUUUUGGUUUUUCUAAGUACUAAUGUAAAAAAACAGUUUAUGAUAAUUGAUUACCUCUUGAUAAAAUAUGGAAACUAGGAUGAUGGUUUUAAAAUUAAAAUAUUCAAUAUUCAUUUAUUAUAAUUUUAUAAUAAUUGUUCAAAUUUUGAU